UUUCUGCCCUUGGAAACGGAACUCAUGCCGCCAAACUUUCACCCAGAGUCACCUGCACUCCAGGCAAAGGGAACUCACCAGGAUUCCCCACUGCCAGAAGCCUGGAAGCCACAGGCAGGGCCACAGGAGCUGAACUACAGUGUUGGCGCUGAAUGCCAGCCCUUUGUGAAUCCUGGUCCCGAAUUACCGAUGUCUGACUGCAGCUUCCCAAUGGAUAAAGUAGAAGAUCAAUGGGCAGACGAACUGAUGAACUUGCAGACUGACGAGAAUCCACAUCAGGAAGCUGAUUUAUCAGAAGAACGUGAACAGCAGGAAGCACUGUGCAAAGCGCUCCCAAAUGAGCUACUGGAUGUUUUAGAAAUACCUUUGCACACCCCGAGGUCCUGCCUAGAAGAGAACUCGCAGCAGGAGAGGCCUGUGAACCCGGGAGAUGCCACGCAGAAGACUCCCAUAAGGAAAGCCCACCAGUGUGCCCAGUGUGGGAAGUGUUCUGUGUAUGCUCAUAAGCAACCUGGUAGUCCCGAAGUGAUUCGUGCAGAAGAGCUUGUGCACAAGUGUGCCCUGUGUGAGGAAGGGUUCUUUCAUAGCCCAGACCUAGAUGAGCAGGAGGUCACUGGUGUGAAGGCGAGGCACUAUCAGUGUCCCAAGUGUGAGGAGACAUUCACUCAGCACAUUCAACUUACCACACACCAGGCGAUGCACAUUGAGAUGAAGCCCUUCCAGUGCCAGCACUGUAGCAAAAGGUUCCUGCAUAGGUCAAGUCUAUUGGAACACAGGAAAACUCAUACAGGGGAAAAGUCCCACGAGUGCCCCACCUGUGGGAAAAAGUUUCUGCGGCGGGCAACACUUAGCCAGCACCAGGUUACACACACUACCGAGCGUCCAUUUACCUGUGAAUAUUGUAAGAAAAGCUACAGGCACAGGUCCAGCCUGCGGUCUCAUAUAAAAACGCACGCAGGGGAAGUACUGUACAAGUGUAACCUUUGUCUUAAAAGUUUCCUCAACAAAGAGAACAUCAUCUUGCACCUUGCUGCACACCUUAGGAAGGGACUCCCCACUACAGGGCAGGAAGCAGGUGCUGCAGGACCUGCCAGUCGCUCCUGAGCCCCUGCCAUGGUGGGUCUUGGAAGAACAGCUUUCUUUGAGCUCAGUGCACAGAGGCCUUUUACAUUGCAUUGUUUUGAAAACUCACCUUUCAAGAUAUAAACAUUCUACAGUGUUCCCCCUACGCUUGCCAUUGUCCUAGAUUUGAUUUACUGGCCUUGGGCAGAUCUUAUUUAACUGUUGCCAUGAAACUGUUUUUGCCCCAAUCUAAACCCAAUGUAGUUGUAAUGAAGUAUACAAACUGUGGUGUUCCUCUCAGAGGUGGAGUCUUAAUCCCAAUAACCAUUUGUUCUGCAGAUACACACUGUUUGCACGCAUAAAGGUCUAAACUGUGAAAGAAAUGCCUUUUGUCGCAGUCCUUCGGGCUCCUUGUUUGAGCAGUGGGACCUUCAGUCAUGGACCAUGGUGACAAGCACUUUGCUUGACUCCUGCCACAGCACGGAGCACAAUUACUGGCUUCUGUGAGCCUCUGUGUCAUUUGAGACUCAAACGUGGUUCCCUUUUGACAUGUGGACCAUUUCAAGGAAAUAAAGCCCAUUCAUAAGUAAGAUGAAGAGCAGCACACACCACCUGCCACAUAAAUACUGUGAUCAUUUGUCGUGAUGUAUUGACAUGCGGGCCCUGUCCUUGUGUAACUUAUUGUAAAUUCUAGCUUACUGCAUUGCCUACCUUUGCUGUUGAUCAAAAUAGCAGUUUGGGUUUUGAGAUGUGCCUUAUGUGUAACUUUGGUCACCUCUAUCAAUUGGAAGUAAUGUUCUUGUUUGUGAUUUUGCUGUGAUUCCAAUGGCACUUCUCACCAUUCCCUCCCCGCCCCCCUGCCCUCUGUUUUCCCCAAAAGGUUGAACCAUCCUGA